AGGUGGACUGGUUCAUUAGACUAACUGAAGCUCCUCCCAAAGUCUUACUGUAUAGAGCAGGGCUUGCAUUGAGACAGACAGAUAUAUAUAGACUGCUGCCUGCCAAACCUGUUAUCAUUUCCCCAGACAAGUUUAGCUGUGUACUCUGCACCUCUGUUCUAACCACCUGCCAAAAUGAUGGAAGAAGUGUCUAUUGCUGUUGCUUAUGAUGCCCAUAUUAUUGACCAAAUGACAGAGGAGGAAAUCUUGGCUAGUCUGGUGGCGGAGUCUUUACCAAAACAAGGGGUGCCAUCUAAAAAGCCAAAAUUGAGAGAUAACCAAGUACAGCCAGAAGACCCACUCGACAGGUACCAGAGAGAAAACUGUAAGCUUCAGGAGGCCAGUUUGCGCCUGGAGCAGGAGAAUGAUGACCUUGCACAAAAACUUGUUACCAGCAAGAUUGCCCUGAGGACUGCCUUAGACCAGACUGAGGACCAAGUGGAUGAGUUAACCAAAGAGCUUUUAAAAACCAAACAGCUUCUGAGAAUCACAGAGGAACAGAAAAAGGGAAAAGAGGAGGAAGCUUCACAGCUGAAGGAGAUGUUUAGGAGAGAGUUGGACAAAGCAGAAUCAGCGAUAAAGAGAUCAAACAACAUCAUCGCUGAUUACAAGCAGAUUUGCUCUCAACUAAACACUCAGCUUGAAAGGCAGAAAGCUCAGACAGACAAGGAACUUGCUGUUAUCAAGAGCAAGAUGCUGGAGUGUUCAGAGUGCAGCCAGAUCUUCCGUAGGGAUGGAUCAAUUCAGCUGAUCACUGAGAGUGAAGAGAGCUCAGCUCAGGAUGAGGUGAAAGCCUCUCUCAAAGAGCAGGUCAAAGAGUUAGAGAGAGAGUUAGCUCAGACCAAGCUACAAAUGGUGGAGUCCAAAUGCAAGAUCCAGGAGUUGGAGCACCAGAAUAUGGUUCUAACGAGUGAACUUCAGGCUGGUAAGAACACAUGGUUCAGCAAGACUCUGGGCUCCUUCAGGACAGUGACCAGUAGCAAUCAGAACUCAUCUCAAGCAGACUCUGUCUGGAGCUACACACAUAACCCCCACUCCAGCUGGGUCACCAGAAGACUUUCCUGGGCUCCACGAGAAGGGAGAGGAGCCAAAGUAUAAAGAAGGCAAUUGAGCAUGGAAUGACUUGAGGAAAGACCAAAUGGAGAUGGUGUAAUGAGCAGAGAGAAAGAGGACAUCAGGGUGGAAGAGAAAAGUAGAGAAGACACAGAAGAAGCUCAAAUGAUCUGAGAGUCCUUCUAACUGAUCAUGUUAUGAAUCACGAUCUCUCUGAGACACACAAAGUGUUCGGCCUUAUGUGAGCAGAUCUACAUUGACUUCAAUCUCAAAUAAAAAGAAGAGGGAGGAAUGGCAUUGGUCUGCAAUUACUGUACCAUCUGUGCUUAUAAUGCUGUCUUAGGUCCAUACAAUAUAGCAAGACUGUUUUUGUUUUUUUGUUUUUUUACACAAAAAAAAAAAAAAAGGAAGAGGAAGAGCAGGGAAUACUAUAAAUGUAGAUAAAUUUUAAUGAAAACACAUGGAAAAAGGUCUUUACUGUGGAGUUGAUACAUAUGAUACAUUUGUUAAUUCAAUAGUAGGGUUGUGUGUCUAUAGUUGAA